GCAUUUAAGGACAAUGACAACAGACUUUAUAUAAACUAGAGGAUUGCUUCCGUCACACUCAGUAGUGCGUUACCAAGAAGGGAUUAUAUGAACAUCUUUGUGAUUUACUAAUUUAUUAUAGGUAAAACAAAUAUCAUCAGUCCAAACUUGAAAAUGCAUCGGGUGUUCGUCAUCACGACAUGCGUACUCGCGAUUGUUGCUGCGGAUUUCUAUAGCUCUCGCUACGACAACUUCGACGUGCAGCCGCUUCUUGAAAACGACAGGAUCCUGCUCAGCUACACCAAAUGCUUCCUCGACCAGGGACCCUGCACUCCCGAUGCCAAGGAUUUUAAAAAAGUAAUACCUGAAGCACUGGAAACGACGUGUGGAAAAUGUACCCCUAAACAGAAACAACUCAUAAAAAAAGUUAUCAAAGCAGUAAUGGAAAGGCACCCUGAGUCUUGGAAACAGCUGGAACAUAAGUUUGACAAGGAUAAUAAAUACCAAGAAUCCUUCAAUAAGUUUUUAGCGGAAGCUGAUUAGAUGACAAUUGCUAUUAGUUUUUUAUAGGCGUUUUAUAGACUGAGCUAUGUUUGAUGUAAUACGUAUAUUAAUGAUAUAUUUUAUUAUAAUAUUAUAAAUUGCAUAUACAUGAACAAUGACAAUUGAUAUUUUGUUACUUUGAUUUAAUUUUACUUUGAAUAUUGAAUACUUAACUACAACGUUACCAUUGAAAUAUGACUUUGUUUUUUGAAUUAAGUACCCAUCGCUGUAGUAUUAAUUAACAAAAAAAGGAACUACAAUGUGGAUUUGUGUCAAAAUUUUCAAGGGUUAUAUUAAAGUAAAAUAUUAAUGUUGUUUUGAUCAGCAAGAGAUUGAAUUAGGUAUAUUUUAUCUAAAACUUUGACCUCUAAACUACUGAAAAAGAAAAAAUCAAUGCACUUCUCUGUGUUUUCAAAACAGUUUGAGUCUCAAAAUUAUAUAGAUGUUCAUUUGUUCUAGCCGAUGCACAUUCAAUUAAAUUACAAUUGAGAGAUAAAUAUUCUAUAAUUAAUUAUCACUCGACCAAAAAUAUUAUUUUUUGCCAGCAUUUAUUUUUAUGUUUCAUACAGAGGUAUUAAUUUCAUUUAGAAGUAGAAAAUAUGAAUAUGCUAUUUAG